AUCAGACCUGUGCGUGUAUGUGUUGUGGCCGUGGGGUGUGUGUGAAGAGUGAGAUAUUCCCCGCUGACUGACACCAGCAUGGCUCCGCGAUCCGCUCACUGAGCACCGCGGACGGACUCAUCACGCAGCUUUCCGCAAUACAUCAUCCAGACAUUUGAAUAUCAAAGUUGCAAGCGUCCAACAGAGGAGCCACCAGCACACAGAAGACGCCGCAGCUCAUGAAGGAGGAUGGAGGUGGAGAAGAGGGCGAACGGGUACGAGUACCCCGACAGAAACAAUGCGAAGUCCGUGAACGGUUUCUACGGUGACCAUGCACUAGAAGGGGAGCAGAAUGACAGCUUGGAUGCCAUCAAUGACAGCCAGCUUGAUGAUUCGGCUGAGCUGCGUACCUGCCUCAUCUGCGGCGACCGUGCCACAGGCCUGCACUAUGGCAUCAUUUCCUGCGAGGGCUGCAAGGGGUUCUUCAAGCGCAGCAUCUGCAACAAACGCGUGUACCGCUGCAGCCGCGACAAGAACUGCGAGAUGUCGCGCAAGCAGCGCAACCGGUGCCAAUACUGCCGGCUGCUCAAGUGUCUACAGAUGGGCAUGAACCGGAAAGCAAUCAGAGAAGAUGGUAUGCCAGGUGGGAGGAACAAAAGCAUCGGUCCAGUUCAGAUCUCGGAGGAGGAGAUAGAGAGGAUCAUGUCGGGGCAGGAGUUCAAGGAGGAGGCGGCAGAGCACACCUGGGUGGAGCGCAACGUUGGAGACAGCGACCACAGCUCCCCUAGCAACGGGGCGUCCGAGGGCAACCAGCCCUCGCCCGCCUCCACCCUCUCCUCCAACCGGUCGGGUGAGAUGACGGGCUACACGGCGGCGGCGCUGAGGGAGCAGUACAUCAACACGUCCAUGAGCACCCACUACCAGCUGCUGCCCCACCUCUUCAGCUACGCGGCGCAGUCGGGGCUGCUGACCCCCCAGCCGCGCUCCCUCUACCCGCAGUCCCACCCCAUGGUGCUGCAGCUGGUGGCCGCCGAGGACCUCAGCCCCCUGGCCACGCCCAUGCUCAUAGAGGACGGGUACAAGGUGAGCCAGGUGGAGCUGUUCGCCCUGCUCUGCCGGUUGGCCGACGAGCUGCUGUUCAGGCAGAUCUCGUGGAUCAAGAAGCUGCCGUUCUUCUGCGAGCUGUCCAUCGAGGACUACACCUGUCUGCUGAGCUCCACUUGGCAGGAGCUCAUCCUGCUGUCCUGCCUCACCAUCUACAGCGCGCACAUCUUCGGAGACCUGGCCGACGUCACCGCCAAGUACACGCCGUCAGACGACGAGCUGCAGGGGUUCAGUGAGGAGGGUAUGGAGGUGAUGGAGCGGCUGAUCUAUCUGUUCCGCAAGUUCCACCAGCUGAAGGUCAGCAACGAGGAGUACGCCUGCAUGAAAGCCAUCAACUUCCUCAACCAAGACAUCCGCGGCCUGACCAACGUGUCCCAGCUGGAGCAGCUGAACAAGCGCUACUGGUACGUGUGUCAGGACUACACGGAGUACAAGUACCCCCACCAGCCCAAACGCUUCCCCGAGAUCAUGAUGUGUCUGCCUGAGAUUCGCUGCAUUGCACGGAAGUUGGUGAACGUCCCCCUGGAGCAGCUGCCCCUCUUGUUCAAAGCAGUCUUGCACUCCUGCAAAUCCAGCCUGAGCAGCUACAGGGCCGGGCCUCCGCCCUGCCUGGUGACUGGGCCUUUGCCUGGAAACUAACCCCCCCAUCCCCUGCCCCCCUGAGCAAUCCCGGAGCUCCACCUCUGCUCGGGGGGGGGGGAGACAUGCCGACAUCCCUCCUCUGAAUGUGACUAGCAGCUAAUUUUUAGUAUUUAGUUUUCUUUAUAUAUUUAUUACACGACAGAGCUGAAUGUAUGCUGAUUUACACUGUGCACAUGCUUCUGUAGAAACCAAAUGCACGUGGACGCACACGUGGAUGCGUUGGUCGGGAGUUUACAAGUGUUUAUCCAAUGUGCUCAAUGCGUGGUGUUGCCACUCCUAGUGCAAGAAGGAGUAUUUUAGUCUGGUCGGGCCGACGGAAGUGCGCCAGAGAGUUAAGACUACCUCAGGAAGAUGUUAGUUGUUAUAUUCAGGUACCUUUCCUUGAAGUUAGGAAUUAAGAGUUGCCCUGUCCAAAGAAAAAGAGAAAAGAUAGGAAAGCAGUGAAUUUAAGAACCGCAAUUUAAUGCUUUGGCGCCACAAUCAAAGGCUGAGCCCCUAGAAACCAAAGAAUAAGUCCCUAUUUAGAUGGUGACUCAAACGGCUUAUUUACCGAUGGGGUUUAGCGCCUUCUAGCGCGUCCUAAACAUCACUCAGUUCAGUCUCCAGAUUCCUGAGGUGAAUGAACUGUGUCUAGAUUUGUGUGUGAUGGUCGUCCAUUAAGGAGUGUUACGGGUAUUUUCUACAAUCAUUAGACUUGGGAUCUAAGACUUGAUAGCGGUGGAGGCUAAUGAUGGUGAUUAGCCUCGCUUUUUGACCAAAGUGUUAUGCAAUGCUUUUUAUUUUUAUUUUUCAAAAGCCCAUCGAUGGGUCUGGAGCUAUCAGCUCUUAGUAUUGAUUUGUUAUCGGCGAAGGAUGGAGAUGAGAAGCUAAAUCAAUGUGUCUGGAACAGGGGGGUUCGCCCUCUGCUGGACAGAUAAGUGUACUGCUGGAUCCCACUAGGCAGUUUUCCCUGAAACUCGCAAACUCACCCGCACACAUAACUGCCUCACGCACAUGAAUUCUCAAACAUCCACACACACACGCACACACACUAACACACACACUAACACACACACACACACACACACACCUUAAAACACACCUGGAACCUGACACGCAGGGUCCUAGUGGGUCCAGUUCUGUGGCCAAAAGCACAUGCUCCCUUUUGGACAGUGGUGUGAACCGGCCACGGUGGCAGCUGGGAGAAACAGUUUGUUAAAGUAGUUAAAUACUGGAUUUUCAAUGAAAUUCGUUUUUUAUUCAAUAUUUACUUGGUUUUAACAAAUAAACCUGGUUCUUGGUUUCCAGCGGUGUUGACAGGAUAGGCGGGUGGAGAUGAAAGAGCGAUGGGUUUGCUAUAUUUUUUAGGACGGGGACUCCAUCGUGUCUGACGGGGGGGAAGCUGAGGGAAAUCUUCCAGCUCCACCUUCUGUCGCAGAUAUGCACAAUCUAAUGUUUAAUUCUUCAGAGAAAAAGAAGCCAUAUGAAGUGGUUCUUAUUUUUGGAAGUUUGAGAUGAUUUGUUUCAACGAACUUGAAGUGUCUUUCUUUUUUCUUUUUGUCAUUGAAUAAUUCCUCUGCUUUCUGUUCCGUUUCCGUGAGUUUGUGCGACCGUUUGAUGUGCAGUCAAAAGAAAAACACAGAUUAUCCCACAAAUGCAGUUCUUCAAAUGACUUUUUUUAUUUUGCACACUAUGCAGUCAGGAUUUUUACGAGGCCUUGGAGUGCGACCUCGGACACUGCCCACCUAGUGUGUAUCUCUCUCUCUCUCUCUCUCUGUCUCUGUCUCUCUCUCUCUCUGCCUAUCUCUCUCUGCCUCUCUCUCUCUGCCUCUCCCUCAUCCAUCUCUCUCUCUCUGCCUCUCUCUCUCUGCCUCUCCCUCUAUCCAUCUUUCUCUCUCGCUCUCUGCUUACCCCUUUAUCCAUCUCUCUCUUGCUCUCUCUCUCUCUGCCUCUCCCUAUAUUCAUCUCUUGCUCUCGCUCUCUCUCUCACUCUUGCUCUCUCUAUCUCUCUCUCUCUCUCUCUGGUCUUUGUAGACCUGCGUCUAAAACAGGGUAAAGUGAGUGUUAUGUGUUUCAUUCGGGGAGUUACCCAGCAUCCAGACUGGUGUACAUGUAGUAGUAGCCUAGCACAUUGGUAGGUCUUUUUCUUUUAAUGUAGAAUGUGUCCACUCCCACACAAUUCAUGUGUCUACAAAGGUUGUUGUUUGGUUUAUGUUUUAUGGAUGUGGUUUUCUGUUUUGUUUGGUGGAAGAGGAUGGUGUUUGAGGUGUGAGACAGGAUCAGAUAAGGGGUCCGUGGUGACAUCCAGAGCGGUAAUAUCCCUUUUUAUGUACCACAGUGUAUUCCAGCCUUAGCAACCUGAACUCUUGUCUCCUCUUAUUCUCGCCACGCCUAACCCUCCACAUGUGGAUUCUAUAUUGUGGUUUGAUUUUUAUUACAUUUCCAAGUACCUAGUUAUUGUGAAUGUUGUUGUUUUUAUAUCAUGUAUUAUGUUUUUCCCCGUGAGUGAAGACAAAAAACCUAUCUUUGCAAUUUUUCUUUUCUGAACAUUUUGCGACAUAUAUACAACGACUCAUUCCAUUUGUCCCAUAUGCACCCUGAAAGUGUUCCUGUAUUGAUUAUCUUUUCUUUAGUCAAAGAAAACGGCGAGGUUUGCUUCAUGCUAUGAAUGAGUGCAGCGCUGCUGCCGUGUAUGAGGAAUGCAGACAGCCUUGGGAUACAUGUAGCCUUUUAUACUCCCACAUUUGAAUCGUUUAAAGUACAAAUACUUGUUCGAGCUGGUGUAAUAAUUUCACUUGACGACGAUGAGUCUGAAAGACAACACGAGGGGUUCAGCUCCCCGAUUCAGUUUGGAACGUGCAGGUUACAACACGGUCACGCACGUGAGAACACGCUCGCAUGCCGGCCCCGGGGCCUCUCUUAUCUCAGGGAAUAAACAUUUUUUAGGGAGAUAUACUCCGAGGUCCAGACCCGGUCCACUCUGGCAGCGAUGGUUCAACACAAAGCCGGUGUUCUUCAUACGUUUCUCUCAUCGCCAACAUCCCCUCCAAUAAUGAAACGGGGCCCACUCGCAGACAAGACACGUGUCCUGUCUUGGCACUGCAGGCUUCCAUUGUUGUCCAAUGACACUGCGUUUAGAGGCUUAGUCACAGGUUUAGCUUUGUGAAGACUUCCAUGGUUGAGAUGAAGCUGUCCUUCGUGUCUCUUUGUGGAGCGACAGCUGAUGCCGGGCAAGACAAUGUCCCCCAUCCAGGGUCUCUAUGGGGCGGUUCUCUCCCUUUGUAGAGUCCAAACCACCACUGCUCACCUCUCCAAACUUUUAGCUAUCACCCGCUGAAGAAAUAAAAAAUAUAUUUUUCUUUCUACAUUCACAUUUUUACAGUGUGUCCUUACUGAAACUACCUCUUUUUUGUUAUCUCAUGUUGCUUAAUUUCAAAUAGAUGUUUGUUCAACUUUUUAAAUCGUAUUUAUUGGUUUCAUUGCGCAAAAUGUACUCUAAUUUUCUGACUCAAUUUCACCCAGUGACCUCAAAAAUACAGUUUGUUUUUUUUAGAUCUCUUUUUGAAAAAUAUCACUGCCUAUUUUUUUUAUUUUGCUACUUCAGGCUAGCCGGUUGGCUCAGGUUCUUUAUACAAUAUCAACAUUUUAUUAUUUUCGUAUUUUUUUCCGGCUAAAACAGUUUUGUAAUCUCCGUAAUCUCCGUAAUCAUGUUUUACGUGUUCCUCUAGUUUCCACUCUUUGUCAUUCAAAAAGCAAAGAAUCAGAGGGAUAGAAUCAACAUUUCACCCAGUAGAAUAUUCCGCUGUGUUAACAUUUUGAAUGAAUACUUUUUGUUAUACUAUGACUAUAGUUGAAUCAGUAUUUGCUGUGUUUACUAUGUGCACCACAAGAUGAAGCACAGCCUUUGGUGUGCUGUGUAUUAACGGCCAUGACGAGGUUAUGUCAUUAUGCUGAGAUUGGACAAACCAAAACACCUGGAUCCUAUAUUUAGACUUUGGUCAAAUGCUGCUUGUGAUCGUUGAAAGUGUUUGAGAAUGUAAUUCUGGUUAAAACCUGCGAUUUUCUUGUGUGUACAUGCUAUUUGUUCCUCCCUCGCCCGCCUGGCCCUGCAAGUGCCGCGUAGCACAGCGCACCGAGGUGCUGUCGUUCCCCUCCGACCUCCCAGGGGGCGACGGAGAACAGACCAAUCAGUGCAUUUCUCAGGGAAACAAGAAACCACAAUGUCCAUACCGUCAACCUCAUCUGUAAACAGGCAAACUGUUAAACCAGAUUGUUUUCUAAAAAUCUAUUGUCUCUGCUCUCGUUACGUUAACUACCUGUGAAAAAUGUGAUGUAUGUGUUAUACAGCAUGUUUAGAAUGUUUAAGGACUUGAAACCAAAUAAAUGUGAGCGUAUGCAA